UCGAGGAUCGAGGGAAUUCUCAAGUUAUCCAUAACACCUGCCUUGCGUCGAUUCAAGUGUAGGACAGUUGGUGGAUCUCUCCCAUAGGAGUGCAGUACUCUGGCCAGCUCCCUUGCCAUACGAGCUUGUCUGCUCCUAAUAACGAGAGUUCGGGAACGAUCAACUCAAUUGACAUUGAUUGUUGUUUGGGUCUAUUGACUGACAUCCCAUCCGUCCUCAGCGCCAACACCAAUGGACUCUCCCAGCGGUCGAGAACACAAGAGGAAAAGGUCCGGCUCCCCGCACCAAGAUGUCCCCCCCUCAAGUCGUCGCCGGUCGCGCUCACCUUCUUUUCGCGCUCGGAGCGACGCACCCCGAGUGCAAGACGUCGACCCCGUACGUCGCGCAGAGCGCGAACGCCAACUUGCGGCUCGUGUUGCUGCGAUGGAGCUCGAGAAGGCAGACAACCCCGUCAAACCCAAAGAGCCGGAUUUGGAUGCCCAGGCAGAGUUUGCGAAACUGGUAGGAUCGCGCUCGGGUGGGGUGUACAUGCCUCCGGCGCGUUUGAGGGCUCUCCAAGCGGCUGCGGCUUCAGACAAGUCAAGUGCUGAAUACCAACGUCUGUCCUGGGACGCCCUGCGCAAGUCGAUCACCGGUAUUGUGAACCGAGUCAACAUCCUGAACAUCAAGUCUGUCGUGCCGGAGCUGUUUUCGGAGAAUCUCAUUCGUGGCCGGGGACUUUUCGCGCGUAGUAUCAUGAAGGCGCAAGCGGCCAGUUUACCUUUCACGCCGGUCUUUGCUGCUCUGGUGGCUGUUGUGAACACGAAGUUGCCUCAAGUGGGUGAAUUGCUGCUCUCCCGUUUGAUUAGCCAGUUUCGCAGAGCUUUCAAGCGGAAUGACAAGAUCAUCUGCCAUUCCACCACGACCUUCAUUGCGCAUCUCGUCAACCAGACUGUCGCUCAUGAACUUGUUGCGCUGCAAAUCAUCAUCUUGCUCAUUGAGCGGCCCACGGACGACUCGAUCGAAAUCGCGGUAGGCUUCAUGCGCGAAGUUGGUGCCUUCUUGGCUGAGAACUCGCCCAAAGCCAACGCUACGGUAUUUGAGCGGUUCCGGGCUGUGCUCAACGAGGGCAGCAUUAGCCAGCGUGUGCAGUACAUGAUCGAAGUUCUCAUGCAGGUCCGCAAGGACAAGUACAAAGACAACCCUAUCAUCCCUGAGGGCCUGGAUCUUGUUGAGGAGGAUGAUCAAAUCACCCAUCAGAUCCAGUUGGAGGAGGAGCUCCAGGUGCAGGAAGGCUUAAACAUCUUCAAAUUCGACGCGAACUAUCUUGAAAACGAAGAAAAAUACAAGGCUAUCAAGGCCGAAAUCCUGGGUGAAGACGACGAGGAGGACGAAAGCGAGUCGGAAGAGUCCAGUGAGGAUGAAAACGAAGGCAUGCGCGACCUCCGUAUCGUACUUCUCAUCUCAUGUCGCCACACAGUGCCCGAAAACAAGGAAGGCAUCGAAGACCGUACCGAGACCAAUCUGGUCAACCUCCGACGCACAAUCUACCUUUCGAUCAUGAAUGCACUGAACUACGAGGAAGCUGUGCAUAAGUUGUUGAAGAUCCAGCUUCAAGAAGGGGAAGAGAUCGAGCUGGUAAACAUGGUGAUCGAGUGUUGUUCGCAGGAGCGGUCCUACUCAAGUUUCUAUGGUCUUGUCGGGGAACGUUUCAGCAAGCUCAAUCGCAUCUGGACGGAUUGUUUUGAGCAAGCGUUCGAAAACUACUACGGCACGAUCCACCGCUACGAGACGAACCGGCUACGGAAUAUAGCUCGGCUGUUUGGUCACAUGCUCAGCACCGAUGCCAUUUCGUGGAUGGUUCUCCGAUGCAUCAAAAUGACGGAGGAUGACACGACCAGCAGCAGUCGAAUUUUCGUGAAAAUCAUGAUGACGGAGAUGACGGAAAGCAUGGGUCUGAAGACUGUUGCGGAACGGUUCAAGGAUUCGGAGAUUCGACAAGGCUGCCAGGGAAUGUUCCCGAUGGAUGUGCCAAAAAAUACUCGUUUCGCGAUCAACUAUUACACAAGUAUCGGACUCGGCGCGAUCACGGAGGACAUGCGUGAACAUCUGAAGAACGCACCGCGGAUGAUCAUGGAGCAACGGCGGGCGAUGCUCGAGGCCGAGUCGUCCGACUCGGAUUCAGACUCCUCAGAUUCGGACACGGACUCGGACUCGGAUUCCAGCGACUCGGAUUCGGACUCAGAUGAUUCGAGACGCCGCGGCAGUCGAAGAGAAACACGACGAGACGAUACUCCUCCUCGGCACAAAGAGGAGAGGCGUCGAGAUGACAGCCCACGCCGCCGACAGGAUGAUACUCCUCCUCGGCAUCGCGAGGCCACUCGCCGGCAAGCUGACCACCGCGAUGAUAGCCGUACUCGCCGUCAAUCGCCUCCUCGAGGAUCUCGUCGCGAUGAUUCGCCUCCGCGCCGAAGGGCAGAAUCCCCACCUCGUCGAAACGGAGAUUACGAUCGCCGCCGGGAUGAUUCGCGCGACCGCGAUUACAGGCGGAGAAGGUGAUGAGAACACAGGUUAUCACUUGCAAUUUUGUUGUACAGUGCAACGAUGAAAUUAAUCGGUCUGAAGGGGA